GUGACUUUUUAUCUCCCCAACGAUUUUCUAUUUUGUCGGCGUUGUGCAUCGGCUUUCAUAAUUCAUCGAACUCCGAUCAUAGCUCAUCCCUCAUCUCCCUCCAUCUCCCUCUCAAUUCUUUUCCUUUUUCGCCGUUCUCAGCAUAUAUGUAAAGAAAUUCCUUCUUGAUCGCCCGGCAUCCCGAUAUCCUCUUGGUCGUCCUGGUCUGACAAGGUUACGCCAAACCUUGUAGAGCUCCGGCGAGUGAACUGCAGGUGGGGGGCCGGAAUCUUCAUUGCGAUUGACCGAUCCUCGGCAGUUGAGAUGGGAUCUGUUAUUUGGGAUGGAGAUAUCCGAGGUCGGGAUAGGAACAGAGGACGUCCAAGCAGCACCAGCCCGCUUCAGCCAGAGCUUUUCCCGGAAGUUCUUCCAGCUUUUCUUGUCCUUAUUAUUUGGCGGCUCCCCGGUAGCGAGAACAGAGGGGGUGCGAGCUCUGUGGAAGGGGCUGACCCCGUUCGCCACCCACGUCACGCUCAAGUAUGCGCUGCGGAUGGGGUCCAAUGCUGUGUUUCAUUCUUAAAACAACAAUAAUCAUGUAAUUUCAGUAGAAAUAAUGUAGAUUUUUGUUUAAAUGAGUGCAAAUUAAUUAUUAAUUGUAUCUUUUAUCAACAGUAAAAAAAUUUUUUAAUU